AUGGACUACAAUUCGCUCACCGUCGCCAAGCUCAAGGAUGAAUUGAAGGAACGCGACAUCCCCAGCACUGGCCUCAAGCUCAAANAGGAUUAUAUCGAUCGCCUGGAGCAGCACGACAAGGACCAAGCGAUCCAACAAGAAACUGCUCCGCACACUGGUCCAGAUGUUUCACUCGAUACUCCAACAGAAGAUCCCUCCACAAUAAACCCUUCCACUGCCGCAGACCUACCACCAGUCGCUGAAGACAAGCCGGAAUCCAUUCAGGAUCAAGACCCUACAGAGCCCACCAAGGAAACAGUCGCAGACACUGCUCCAUCACCCAAACCAGAAGUCAUGGAUCAACUACCUACCGGUACUACUCCCGAGCCUGUCAAGACGGAAGAGCCUGCCUCGGCCAAUGGAAACAAGAGGAAGAGACGCAGUCACAGUCCGCUUAUAUCUGAAGAGGUUGUCCACAAGAAACUAAAGCAAGAGGCUGAUGGUCCAGCCGUUCACUUACCAACCGACCAAGAUCCCUCAAAGAACGAUGUGUCGAUGCCUGAUGUCCCUCUGGAACAGCCCCAUCUUACCCUUCAGCCAAUGUCCACUAGCGACGACUUGACCCAACCAUUCGCCAACGAUUCCGACAAGCCAAGGUCGACUCGAAGCCCUAAUGAACGUCGUUUCAAGAAUCUCAUCAAUCCUGCCGAGUCUGAUCCCCUCCAACUCACACCCGAAUCAACUGACGUUGCGGUAUCUCCUGCAAUUCAUCCCGCUACUCGCGCUCUAUACAUCCGCGAUCUUGUUCGUCCCAUCAACCCCACCGGCUUGAGAGACCACCUUGAAGACAUUGCAAGACCUCCAGACCAUUCUGAUUCAUCCGCUUCACUGGUUGAGGAAUGCCAUGUCGACACUCUUCGCACACAUGCCUUCGUCCUGUUCACAUCCAUAUCUGCUGCUUCUAGGGCGAGGGCUGGCGUUCAUGCUCGCAUUUGGCCGCCAGAACCCAUGCGCAAGCAGCUGUGGGCAGACUUCUUUCCCGAAGAGCGUUUCCAAGAAUAUCUUGAGGUCGAGCGCGCAAGUGGAGGCUCGAGACCUAGUCAGGCGAAACGUUGGGAGCUUGCUUACAAUUCUCAUGACGAUGGUGUUGACGUACAGCUUGUCGAAGCAGGUCCUGCUAUUCACCGUGCUUCAACGCAUGCUGGCGCAUCGAAUGCUCCUCCUACUGGGCCAAGGGGCAGCAUGUCAGACGGGAGACGUCCGUCCUUCGCUCAAGGCGACCAGAGGCGCCCAUCUCAGCCUGUCCUUGCUCNNCCCCCUCCACGACGCAGCUCAAGAGUAGUCGAAGAAGCAAGUGCCCCUUUCCUGGAAUUGGACAAGCUCUUUAACUUUACUUCGACCAAGCCAAAGCUAUACUGGCAGCCUGUAAGUAGCGAUCUUGCCGAUGACAGGCUUGACGAGCUGGAUCGUGAGACCAGCAGAGACUGGGAUCCGAUUGCCGAUGCAAAGAGAAACGGUGACUCCCUGGGUCGCGGUCUCGAUCAGCUCAAGCGGUAUACCUUCGAAGAUGGCGACGUUCUCGUCGAUGGCGGUCCAGAGUUCGGCGGUGGUCGUGCAUUCGCGCGAGCCGGCAACCGUGGGCGUGGUCGAAGGAAUGGAGAUAGUUAUCGCGGACACUAG